ACAUGUUUUCUCCCGAAACCGCCUCCACCGCCCAAUUCUUCCAUGACAAACCCGCUACAAAUCAUUUCCGACCUUUGCCAAACACAACAACCUGCCUACGCGUCAUAAGUCACGUUCCCUGUCAAUUCUACCUUGUUUACAAAACUCCGUAAAAGGUUAUGAUCCGAAAUUGACAGUUCGUGGUUCGGUUUGACAUAGGGCAAAGGUGCGAACGAAACAUGAUCCGAUAAUCCCUUAAGACCUAUGAUCAAAGCCGGAACUGCGUGAAAUGACCUUAAACUGUUCAUUCCACUCGUUACAUAAAUCUCUUGAAACAUUCGCACCUCUACUCUGAAAUUCCAAAAUCAUGACCAGGUUCUACGAACACACCACGAUUUUUAACUAUACUUGGGACCAAGUAGCGCAGGGAUUCUGGAAGAGAUACCCCAACCCGAACAGCAAACACGUCCUGUCUGAAGACACAGUGUGUCGGAAUGUGCGUUCAGGCCGCUUGUUUUCGACGAGGCUCCUCAGCAAAACUAACCCGAUACCGAAGUGGGCGGAAAGGUUCAUAACCUCGAAGCACGUCCACAUCAUCGAGGAGUCGAUAGUCGACCCAGUGAACAAAGUAUUAAUUACGUACACGAGGAAUCUUGGCUACACGAAAGUCAUGAGUGUGACCGAGAAAGUGGUCUACCGACAAAGCGACGAGCAGCCUGGGAAAACCGUGGCGGUGCGAUCGGCGUGGAUUGACUCUCAGAUCAGAGGCUUCAGCAGAGCGAUCUGUGCCUUCGGGUACGAAAGGUUUAAGAAAAACUGCAAUAAAAUGGUGGGCGGAUUUAAUUACGUCCUAGCUAACAUGUUCCCCCUGCAGAGCACCGUCACAACGACACAUGCCACAAUAACGGCCACCAGUAAAUUGAAAGAUGCAGCGAUAAAUGCGUCCGAACUCGCCAAGUCAAAAGCGGUUCCCAUAUAUGCGUCCCUGCAUCCUAAUCAAUCCUAAUACGUACUAAUUAAAUAAUUAAAAAAAAACUGGUCACGUUACUUGUUCACUUUAAACUACUAAGAUUCACUCGCUAAAGUAUUCCAUCGUUUAAUUAUAAAUUAAUUUCGAUUUUUGAUACUUUUUUAUUCAAAAAAAAAAAACAUGUAUAGUGUAAUUAACUUAAGCGAAAUUUAUUAUGGAUGUACAUAUGACUACCAGUUGAAAGUUGUUUGUGUGUAGGAUGUUCAUGGAAGGUGUAAUUAUUUUUAGACUCGCGUUACGUACUAUGAGGUACUGAGUAUUGUACGAGUUGUAAUUAAAAACUAAUAAACAUUCGGCAGAAGCAAAA